UCAAUGCGCUGCAUGACACGUGUCCACUUCCUGUAAGUCUGAAGGGCGUGUGUGAGGCGGAAGCAGGCUUCUGCAGUGCUGGUAUUUUUUUUCCUCCGCUGAGCAGUUGGACUGAUAUCUGUCACUCAACAUGCCGGCGUAUCAUUCAAGCUUGAUGAGCCCUGAAACCAGGCUGGUGGGGAACAUGGCUUUGCUCCCCCUCAAAACCCAGUUCAAGGGACCGGCCCGAGGAGAUGGUGUUGAGUCAGACAUCAUUGAUGAAGCUAUCUACUACUUCAAAGCCAAUGUUUUCUUUAAGAACUAUGAAAUCAAGAAUGAGGCAGACAGGACGCUGAUCUACGUCACACUCUACAUUUCUGAGUGCCUAAAAAGGCUACAGAAGUGCAGCUCCAAAGGCCAGGGAGAGAAAGAGAUGUACACUCUGGGCAUCACAAACUUCCCCAUUCCUGGAGAACCAGGCUUCCCCCUCAAUGCUAUGUAUGUUAAGCCUGCAAACAAGCAGGAGGAAGAGACCAUGAGAGCAUACCUGCAGCAGAUCCGCCAGGAGACUGGACUGAGGUUAUGUGACCGUGUGUUUGACCCCCAGACAGACAAACCCAGCAAAUGGUGGGUUUGCUUUGUGAAGAGGCAGUUCAUGAACAAAAGUCUGUCUGCUCCUGGACAGUGAGUAACUCAGGAUCAACAUUUGAAAGAGGGGCGGCUCUUUGUUGGGUGGGAGGGGAGGUGUGUACUUUUUGUGUUGCUAAAAGAUGAUUUUAUACAGUUAGAACAUGUCUUGGCCAUGGUGAGCUGGUGCUUAAUUCAAUAAAGCAAUCACGUGA